CGAGCCUUUGGCUCAAGCCUUGCGCUGAGCCGGCGUUUUUCUACAAUGAGCCGUUAACGACCACAGCUUUUUCAAGCUCGAGGUCAACAAAUUGACCCGAGUGAACAGAUGCCUGACAGAGAGAAAGGCACGCAGCGCCUGCGACGUGCAAACACAGAUGGCAAGGUUCAAGCUUCGAAGCCCGUCACGAGGGCCACCGUCGCAGCGGAACGGGAGCCUUUCGAUCCUUGGGCUUCGGACUCGGAGGAUGAUUCCGAAAUCCCUGUCAUCACAGCCAAUCCCGUGAGGCGAAAGCCACCCAUCCCCAAGAGCACGAAGACAAGCGGAACAGCCGGGACGGGACUGGAAUUGCCUUCAGGGCGACCGAAUCCACUCCUGGCAAACCAGAACUCAAGGAAAACCCAGCCGCCUGAGAAGCGACUAGAGGAUUCUUCUACACCAGAAACCAAUGCAUCACUUCCCGGCGAUCGUGCGUCUCCCUGGGGUUCCAGAUCCCCGAGCCGCCCCAACCCGCUGCUGCCAAGCUCGAGGUCUCCCUCAGUGUCUCGACAGGUGACAGACGCCUCCAUGACACCUCGAGGAGCCCGAGAUCGGAGCCGCAAAAGGACGGAUGGAAGCCCGCGAACCCCUGAGACGACAGAUCCUGCAGUGUAUUUGCAGUCCUUGUUGCAGGAGACUCCGACCACUGCCACAGAGCCCUCGCCCCCGCCAUCGCCACCCUCACCCAGUUGCGCGCGAACUGAGAUGCGUCACAAGGUUGCAGCUCGCAGCCUGUCCCGCCUCUAUGCAGAGGAGGAGCCCAAGGCUUCAAUUCCACCAAGUUCAAGGGCCACACAGAUGCCACAGCAGGAGUCUCAGGCCAAGAAGCGCUCGGAGGAGAAGACUCGUGGCCGCUCUCAGCCCAUUCGACGCACAGAGUCAAAGGCUGAGGCUGCAGGUGCUGGGCUGCCGGUUGGUUCUGGAAAGGCUCGGAAGACGACCACUUCCAGACCGCGCAAAGCGGCUCCCAAAGCAGAUGCAGCGCCAAAGGAGAGGCCCAAACCCAAACUGAUGGAGCAGUCUCAGGAAAGCCCUGAGGAAGAUGUGAUAAACAUCAAGAUCGAUCAGGAGGUGGAUUUGGGCUCCUCCGGCCGCACCAAUGAGCUCAUGACGACGUUUGGAGAUGACCUUUCCUUCACCAGUGAAUCUCCGUUACCAAAGGUGGAGACGGAGCAUCGGACCUUGGAGGUGCCCAAUGGGCCCAACAGCGAUCAGAGAGCCAAUUUUGGGCAGAAGGUCUAUUCCUUUGGCCUGCAGGACGAGCUGGACAUUUGCCACAAGUUGGACAGGGGCUGGUCCCAGAGCUCCGCUUUGCAGGCAGCUGCUCCUGCUGCUCCCGCACCUCUGAACCCUUACGAUUUUCAGAAGCCUUUGAAAGGCAAGGCAACCCUGGACGGCGUGAUGUCCAAGGAUGGCCACGCAUCGAGGACACCCAAUACACAUGUGCGCUUCCCUCGUCUCACAGAGCUUCUUCGUUCUGGCAAGGCCCUUGCGGUCCGUCCUGUGGUGCCAGAGUAUGGAAAGAUGAUUGGCAUUAUGGAGGCUCAAAUGGUUUUGGGACACAGCUGGACAGCAGAAGUGACAGCAACUUCCAAAGCGCUUGGAUUGCUUCAAUGGUUCUUGCCCUAUGUGCUCACCAUCAGCGCCCUUCUUGUUCUGGCAGUGGCUGCAUUGCAGCCGUCGGAGGCCUUUUGGGUUCCUCUUCUCUUGCCGCUUCUUCUUCCACUGCAGCAGCUCCGGUGCAGAAUCUGGAAUCGCCAGCUGCUGCAAGCAGUGGACAAGGCGGCUUUUGCAGAUGCAUUUGAUCAGUUGCGAGCACCUCUUGGCUGGGGUGAGGAUGGUCAAUACUUCUCUGCAAACCUUGUCUCCGCGAUGCAGGCGCUAGAUGUGCAACCUGGUGAGCUUUUGACAUCAAUGCGAAGUCGAUUGGAGUGGAAACUCUAUAUCUGUUGCACCUUGGUGUUCGUGGCUCCAGCCGUGAUGUUCAUCAAGAUCGACGGCAUGGAAGCUGCACAGGUGCCCGUGCUGCUACUUUGUGCUUUGAGUCUGUUGGCAGCCUGCACGCCGGGCAAGGAGAUGCACAGAUCUGAGUUGGUUGACCGUCGUUUGGAGGCCCUAGAGGCUGCUUUCAAUGCUUUGCUGGAUACCCUGCGGCCUUUGCUUGGACCGUCGGCCCAACCUACAUGCGCUGCUCAGGGAAAGGUAGAAGCUCAGAGUUCAUCGCAGGAACGAUUUGGCGUGAGAAUGAUCACAUCUGAACGAUUGACGUUGCGUGGCACGCUGACGAUUUUGCAGGACGACUGUGGCCUGCGGGUGAGCUGCCCACUUGGAUCUUUUGAACUGGUUGCCAGUGGACUGGAAGGUGCUGUCCAGGCUGAGCUUGGCCGCUCUGCAGCUGGCGAGGUGGAUGGCAUGAUCUUGCUGCCCCCGCGUGCGCAGGGUGACAGUUGGGCUUCCUUCAUGCGCAAGUUGCUUGGCAACCAAAAGUCUUCAGAGCCUCGGGCUCGACGGGACGAUGACCUGGCCAGUGUAUCCACUGCAAGCACUUUGACCCGCGGAAAGAAUCAAGUGGAUGAGGCCUCGCUGCAUCUGGCCUUGGCCAUGCUGAAAGCAAUGAACAGACACCACUGCGAGCCCCUCGAGGUGUUCUUUGCUCAGAGGGACCUUUUCUUGGCGCCUCCCAAGGCGCCCUACGACGAGCCUUCCAUUGUCCUUGCGCUUGCAGAGGAUCAGCUCACUUGCUAUGCCAGUUUUGGCAAGGAAUCGAGCGCAGCCAGCCGUUGUUUCAGGAGGAGUGCAAGGAUCACAGAGGACCACUUUGGAGUAGUGCGUGAUCCAUCUGAGAUGCGUCAGCUGUGCACCGACGAGGAGCAGGGCCCAGUGGGACGUGUGAGCUCUGCUCAUUUGGACGAGUCGCCUCGCAGCUAUGCGGCAUCUCAGGGCAGCUACAGUGAGGAUGAGGGCAUCUCAAGCAAGGGAAAGUGGCCAUCCUCCACCAGGAGUGGUGGCGGAUACUCGAAGCUGUUUUCGGCUGCACCGCAGCACCUGGCACUUGUAUUCGAUACCUUGGUGGCCAGAGACAGGUGUCUUGAGCUAAUCCGGGAGACUCUCCCGCUUCCAGUUGGUCGCACAAAGUGCUUUCCAGCUGAACCAUGAGGACGGAUGAUUGUUUGAACACUUCGAGACAUGUUCCUUUUCACAGAACUGUUUGCCAACCUGCUUUUCGCUAGGAUAUGAUCCGGAGGGAAUCAAAGGCCUUGAGGUCUUACCUGCCUAAUAUCAAUCCAUGAUCAAUCUUCUUGAUGCGUGGAAACCAUGCUAGCUAGUGUCAGCUCUUCCAUCGAAUCACUUGCCUUCAUCCUUAUGCAUUGUGUCAUAGCCCUCGAAGCGUGGCAUUUGCGAUUGAUGUUUUGCAUGGGAUGGCAUGGAGAUUGCUCCUGCCGCCCAGUUUCACGCGUGUCCAAGACGAGUGCUCGCUUAGAACCAG